GUUGCUUUCAAGUUGCUAUUUCGAAGUCUCCCACUUAACGUUUUACGUAUUAAUUUCGCAAUCACACGAUUUAAGCCAUUUGGAUGAGGUAAGGGUUACAGGUAAGCACUCGAACAGCUCAAGAGCAAUAACGUCAUCUUUCUUAACGGAAGCUGUACAAAGACGCCCCGUCGCUGGCUCGGAAGUGGGCGACUCCGACUUGACUGACUGGUUCGGGAGUGUUUCAGGAUUCUAUGGAAGAGAUGUCGGGAGAAAGCGUGGUGAGCUCGGCGGUGCCGGCAGCUACAACUCGGACCACCUCCUUCAAGGGAUCCAGCCCCAGCUCCAAGUACGUGAAGCUGAACGUGGGCGGCGCGCUCUACUACACCACCAUGCAGACCCUCACCAAGCAGGACACCAUGCUCAAAGCCAUGUUCAGCGGCAGGAUGGAGGUGCUGACCGACAGCGAAGGGUGGAUCCUGAUCGACCGGUGCGGGAAGCAUUUCGGCACCAUCCUGAACUACCUGCGGGACGGCGCCGUGCCCCUGCCCGAGAGCCGGCGGGAGAUCGAGGAGCUGCUGGCCGAGGCCAAGUACUACCUGGUCCAGGGGCUGGCCGACGAGUGCCAGGCAGCGCUGCAGAACAAAGACACCUACGAGCCGUUCUGCAAGGUGCCCCUGGUGACGUCAUCCAAGGAGGAACAGAGGCUCAUCUCCACCUCCAACAAGCCUACCGUCAAACUCCUGUACAACAGAAGCAACAACAAGUAUUCCUACACCAGUAACUCUGACGACAACAUGCUGAAGAACAUCGAGCUCUUCGACAAGCUGUCGCUGCGGUUCAACGGGCGCGUGCUCUUCAUCAAGGACGUGAUCGGGGACGAGAUCUGCUGCUGGUCCUUCUACGGGCAGGGCCGCAAGAUCGCCGAGGUCUGCUGCACCUCCAUCGUCUACGCCACCGAGAAGAAGCAGACCAAGGUGGAGUUCCCUGAGGCCAGGAUCUACAGACCACCAUGAACAUCCCCUGUCACGAUCCCAGGCGCUGGCUGCGGCCCGACAACGCCCC